GACCAUUCCCAAUCCUGUUCCUCUAUAAAGACUCGUCCGCAGCAUCGCCUCCAGGCUACAGGACCCAGACGCACCCCGUCACCCGCUGACCCACGCCAUCAUCAUCAGCCAUUAACGCGGGUUCGUAACCUUGCGGUUUCUCUCGUCUCCCCCGAAGCUUUCGUUGCCAUGGCGGACCAGCUCUCGGAUGAGCAGAUUGGCGAGUUCAAGGAGGCAUUCAGCCUCUUCGACAAGGACGGCGAUGGUAGCAUCACUACAAAGGAGCUUGGAACUGUGAUGCGUUCCCUUGGGCAGAAUCCAACCGAGGCAGAGCUGCAGGACAUGAUCAAUGAGGUGGAUGCCGAUGGCAAUGGCACCAUUGACUUCUCAGAGUUCCUCAACCUGAUGGCUCGCAAGAUGAAGGACACCGACUCCGAGGAGGAGCUCAAGGAGGCGUUCCGUGUUUUCGACAAGGACCAGAAUGGUUUCAUCUCUGCAUCGGAGCUUCGCCAAGUCAUGACCAACCUCGGGGAGAAGCUGUCCGAGGAGGAGGUGGAAGAGAUGGUCCGCGAGGCUGACGUGGACGGCGAUGGCCAGAUCAACUACGAUGAGUUCGUCAAGGUCAUGAUGGCCAAGAGAAGGAACAAGAGGAUACAGGAGAGAAAAGCGAGCGGCAAGAAGAGUACGGCAGUGCCAGGGCCGUCCGAUGGAAAGCGUGGCCAGAAAUGCGUGAUCCUGUAAAGCCGAAACUAUCCGUUCGUUCGUCCCCGGCCGCGAGGCAUCUGAGCUACUGUACCAUAUCCACGUAGUAUAUCGGGAGCUAUAUAUGCUCCUAGAAAUGAAUUAUAUGUAUGUAAAGCAUCGAACCUUCUUCCUCCUCGAUGUAAUAUACAUGCAUGCACCCUCUUGCGUGGUUGGAAAAUAAAAAUGUAAAGCAUCGAACAAUUCCUGGUGAAUCAUAGUGUGGAGAUUACGGUGAGAAAA